UGAGAAACUUCCUCAAAACUUUGCCUCCAAAAUUGCACUCAUGGAUCCAAUAAAACAUGAAGAUGACACAUGCAUCAUCUUAAGUAGAAUAUUGCCCACCCCUGCCUUCUUGUCUCUCAAGGAAUUAAUUUUCUUCGAAUGUAAGAGGUUGUCUAAACUCCCAAACAACAUUCAUGUCUUACAAUCAUUACAAGUAUUACAACUGCGAAGUUGUCAUGUCAUUACAAGUUUGCCAAAAAGCAUUAAAAAUCUUCAACAGCUCUUACAUCUUCAGAUCGUUGAUUGUGUAAUGCUUCAAUACAUUCCUCCACUUCCCCCAUCAAUUAUAUACUUUCAAGCAGAAAACUGCAAAUCUUUGGAGGCAGUCUCAAGUUUAACAAGUGAACCACCCAGAGAAUACUAUGCAUGGUUUAUAUUCCAUAACUGCACAAAGUUGGAUGAUGAUGCAUAUGAAGCCGUUUUGAAAGACUUGAAAUCCAAGAUACAACUUGUGGUAAAUAAUGAUGGAUAUCUGCAUAAUGAAGCAAACAAUGGUAAUAUAUUCUUCUUAUAUUAUUUACCAAGUAAAGAGAGCAUAAUUAAUGACUGGUUUCCUGACUACUGUAGAGAAGCUUCGAUCACUAUUGAAGUUGCUUCAGAUCACAAGAUUUCUUCUUGUCUUGUUGUCUGCAUCUUGAUUUCUAAAUACUCAUCAUGCAUCCUUACCGGGAAAGAAGUGAUAUUUAGAUGGGAAUGCUACUUGGGAAAGGGUUGCAACGAAUGGGAAUGGAUAGCAACUAUUGCCAAGAGGGUAGUCUUGGUCACCUAUGUUCCCGAUGUUUGGAUUCCUCAAUGGGAAACAUUAUCAGAUCAUAAGGUAGUGUGGUAUGAUGGAGAGUGUUCCAACAAGAUAACAGAAGCAAUCAAAGAGAGAAAGAGGGACAGCAGUUGUAAUACUAUGCUUAAAUUUGAGUUCUAUGCAAAUACAGAAGAUAAUGAGGAAGUAGUGAUAAAGGGGUGUGGGAUCCGUUGGAUGCAUGUCCAUGUCAAUCAUGAUGGAGAGAUUACUCCAGAUGCCACUCAUGAGGGCUAUGAAUCUCAUGACGUUGAGAGAAGAACAUAUCAUAUGAGAACUCCAUCCAACAAGAAAAGCUUCUCUGGGAAACACCUGUACUUCCUUUUGUUUAUUAUUGUUGUAGCAGUUAUCUAUUUGGUCACUUUAUAGCACACUUUCUCUGAGAACAUACCAUUACUUAUUUUUGUUCAUUUGAUUAUUGUUCAAUUUUCCCGUCAAUUUGGCAGUGUGCAGUUUAAUUUGCAUAUUGUUUUUUGCACUUUCACGCUCUGUUUUAUAUUCAUAAUAAGAUAUUAUCUAUUAUUAGAAGACGGGUUUUGAUGAUAAUUGAGUCAUGAAGGGAGGCUAUAUAAAUAAAUGUUAUAUCAUUCAGGAUGUCAUUAUUUUGAUAUAAUACUUGGCUUAUUUGAGACGUAGGUGUGGUCACCAUUCAAACUGAACAAUAACAAAAUU